CCCGAGCUGAAAAUGGAGUUAGAUUAAAGCAGAUGUCCAAGAACUUCUGAAGGAAACGUUAACGUCUAGAUAUGUUACUUACCGCAUGGGUACUAAUAUUAACGGCAGAGCCCGGGGAGAGCGUUAGUUAGUGAGUGUGUGUGAGUGUGUGUGUGGAUGCCUGCGCUGCGGAGAGCGCUCCCUCGGACACGUUGACGGAGCGGCAGCUGCACCGCUGCUGCCCCGCCGUCCUGCUGCCGGAGCCAGACUUGGAUGCUCGACGAGCCGGCCCUAAAUAACCUGGCAAAACCCCGACCUCCUGCAUUCUUUUCUUUACGGAUUUACCUACUAUUUUUAUUGUUUUUUGUGUUUUUUUUUACCUACGGUGGAUCUGUGUGGGACGUGUUUGGGGAUGAAGCCGCUGGCCGGUUUGUUGUGGUGGGAUCUGACCAGCUCCAGGGAGGAUAUAGAGAUGAAUACCCCGGGAUCCAGCUUCCUCCCCGCGGCCGAGGCCAGCUAGCUCCUCCGGGGCUGGUCGUCCCCCCCUACAGCUCACUCACUAUCCCCCCUCAAGCACGGCACGAGAAAACGCUGUUUGUGAAGGAAAAAUGGUGAUUUUUGUGGUACUUUAUCCCGCCGUGGCCGCGCCGUCGAUGCUAGUGCUAGGAUUUGGAUCCCCUUGAGGAAAAAAAUGAGUGAAGAUUCAACAAAUCCAAACAACGAUGACAGUUAUGCGCGUGUGAGAGCAGUGGUCAUGACUCGGGAUGACUCCAGCGGUGGGUGGCUUCCCUUGGGGGGUGGAGGCCUGAGCUGUGUCACCGUCUAUAAGGUUAGCCGUGCGGACGACAGCAGCAGUACCCACAGUGGAGGCAGCGGAGGAAGCGGGAGUAACCUCAGCCCGUGUAGCCCCAGUCCUAGUCCCAGCCCAAGCCCUUGUCCCAGUCCCACCACGGUGGAAUUCCACAUCAGGGGCGAACGGCUCAAAGACAAAUUGGUGGUACUGGAGUGCGUUUUGCAGAGAGACCUCAUCUACAACAAGGUCACUCCGAUCUUCCACCAUUGGAGAAUCAACGAUAAGAAGUUUGGCCUGACGUUCCAGAGCCCGGCAGACGCCCGCGCCUUCGACCGGGGCAUACGCCGGGCCAUCGAGGAUAUCACCCAAGGAUGCCGUCCAUUUGGAGAUGGGGAUAUUCCUGAGGACGUACUACCGGUGUUGGAUGAGCUUCCUUCGAUCUGCACCCCGAUCAAAGAGCCGUUCUCCCCUCUGAACAACAUCGUCUCCACCGAGCCAAUCAGAGGCUGCUACGUCCGCACCCAGCCCUUUGACGACAGCCGCCGCUACCUUCCUCCACAGUCGACUCGGCGUGUCACGUUUCUCCGUGAUCCAGACGAGAUUGUACGCAUCAACCCACGCAAAGACGUGCUCAUGCAGGGCUACGAGGACUACCGCAACCCCAUCAUGAGCAGACGCGACGUGGACCCCGAGGACCUGGACUUCUCCACCCCCUUUCAUAAACUGGACAGUAAGAAGUGCGAGUACUUUUUCCACGACGGCCCCGGUGGAGACUCCCACUCCGGCCCCGGUCUGGGCAUCGGGACGGGGCUGGGUUUGGGUCUGGGCAAGGACCCGGCCAUUAAGACUCAGCCGUCGUCCAUGCUCAAGUCGAAAAAGGGUCGCCGGCGGAGAGAGGACGGCGAGCGUUCGCGCUGUAUUUACUGUAGAGAGAUGUUCAACCACGAAGACAACUGGCGGGGGCAGUGCCAGGACGCCCCGGACCCCAUCAAGCAGUGCAUCUACAAAGUCAGCUGCAUGCUCUGCGCUGAGAGCAUGCUCUAUCACUGUAUGUCUGACUCGGAGGGGGACUUUUCAGACCCCUGCUCGUGUGACACGACCGACGAGCAGUUCUGUCUGCGCUGGCUGGCUCUGGUGGCGCUGUCCUUCAUCGCGCCCUGCAUGUGCUGCUACCUGCCCCUGCGGGCCUGCCACCACUGCGGCGAGGCCUGCCACUGCUGCGGGGGCAAGCACAAGGCGGCGGGGUGACCCCGCACCGGACCACGGGACUCCCCUCGAAAGCUAGCUAACAAAGGCGGUGAAUAAAAGCGGAAAAUGAAUAGCCGGCAUCCUUUUUUUCAUUCCCCUCUCAGACGGGGCGAUAAUGUUGUUGAUCCCCAGCUCUGAGGGGCUUUCGGAGAUUUCAGUUUGUGUUCGUCGCCGACAAGCAGCAGUGGAGGACAAACCAUGUGCUUUGUGGGGGCUCCGAGCACCGAGCUGAGUGCAGGAGCUUAAUCUGAGGAGAAAAGAGGAAGAUAUGAUUAACAGACUUGGAGAUGCUACUACACACACCUUGUACACACACACACACGCACACACUCACACACACACACACUUCUCACAUUCACUACAAUACAUCAACAAAGCCAAGCCACAAAUUUCAGAACUCUACUUCAAGAAAUCUGUAACUUUAUGAAGGAUUUUUUUUUCUUUUUGUACAGACAACAACAGUUAAAUGACAAAGAAGAAAACAAAAACAAAACUGUGUUGAAGAAAAAGUACUUGCUAAAAGGGAUAUGCUCUUGUUUUUUUGUUUUUGUUUUUGUGAAUUUGCAGUUGGGUAACGGUGGCCUUGCCUUCAUGCCAUAAGCAUUUGCUGACAAUGUAAUCACUAGACACAGGAAAGUGCACUAAAUGGUACAGUAUCCCCUCUAAGUGAAGUCAACCUUCUCAAAUUGUUUUUGGUAUUUUAUCCGCCAUGUUUAAUGCAACUUUAACAUCCGAGAGAUGUUUCUGUGGUGGAUGUAAGGCCAAAAACAUACCUUCAUUAUUAAAACAGAAAGGUACAGUUUGGAAAAAGAAAGAAAAAAAACUUUCCUGGGAUCAUUUAAACAUUUUGAUUGCAUUCCAAAGUAAAGGGAUCGAUUCAUUGAUUAGAAGGGAAAAAAAUUGUGAAAUGACCAUGAGUUCCCUGAAAUAUUUCUCUUCUUUUUCUGGUUUCCAUCUCAGGAAAGUUGCAUUAAAAUAGAGGCCAACCCUUUAUGAUUUAAUUCAGUCCAACAAGAUAUUUGUGCCCUCCGAUUUCUUACUGUAGUCACAUUGGUGUUUUUGUUUCCUUUUUUUUUCCUGCUCAUUUUUGUAAUUAGUUUUGAAUCAAAGGUUGAAAUGUUGCUCAACCAGCAAGUUUUGUUUCGGUGAAGCCAGGGAUUACAAAGUUCCUUGGUUAAACGGUGAAGCACUUAAAUUAGUUUUUUAUUUUUAAUUAUUAUUAUUAAGAAGCCUUCAUAUUUUGGAUUUAAUUUAUAGAUAAAUUCAGAUAACUUGACACCCAAUUGGGAACGGGGGAAGCCCCCCCUGAAAGCACUGCCCUCCCAGCCUCGGUUGCAGCACCCGCUCUAAAUUUCCACCUUUGUCCUUUUGAACCCAUUCCCCCUUUUUUUGUGUGUGUGUAAAAGUAGAUUUACAUUAUUCCUCAAAACUGUGUCCACUCCUUUUUGUGUGUGUUUUCAUGUAACAGGCCUUCGGUGAAUGAGCGUGUUGUUUUUAGAAAAACGCUGACUAGUGUCUUAACUGUUAAAUGUGUGUGUGUGCGCCUGCGCGCAAAAGCAUGUCUUCACCUACACUAUUAGUUUCAAGUUGUAGCGUCACUACUGACCCGUGAUCGAGGCUUUGAGUCUUAACUGAAAAGCAUUUUUUUAUUUUUGAUAUCAGAUUCAGAAGGGAUUCCUCUUUGGUGGUGACGCUCACGACUGAAACCAGGCGGCAGCAGCUUCCUUCGUUCUGUCCAAAUGUUACACAAUUCUUCUCACAGAAUCAUUAAUUGCCACAUUUAAUCUCAUCUACUUUUAAAAUCUAUUAAAGUAAAAAAAAUUAGAAGAACAGAGGUCUUUUAUAGUCCAAGGGCACGCCCGCCGGGUUCCUUGAGUUUCCUGUGAAGUCCUGCUUUCAUGACAAAUUCUUGGACAAUCGGGAGACGCCAGGCUCCUAAAAAUAGCCCUAACCUUCACGUCAUGUCCUGUAAAACCACAUCUUGUCAAUUUUAUUAUUAUUUUUUUUACAUGUGAUUAAGCAUGCAGGAAGGAACGUGUUAAUCAGCAAGCUGAAGACGUGUCAUGAGGUGGAUUUUGUUACCUUUGGACAGACCCGGGCUUUCUGCCUCCAGUCUUUGUGCUAAAUAAAGCCGCCCAGCUGCUCACUGCACUAGUUUUGUCAGUCUGCAAAUAAAAAUAAGAGUAUUUUCCCCCCAAAUACUGAAGUGCUCGCAACAAACGGGGUCUAGAAAACAGUCCAACUGUGUUCAUGAUUAUUUUUCUCUCCACACAGAUUAGCAACAUUAGAGUUUUGAUUAAUGAAAUAACCAAUUUGCUCCUUAACUCAUUACUUAACUCCCAACACAGUUACAAACAGGUUACAGUUACAGAUAUGCAUCUUUUCUCACCUCUUUGACACUCCUUGUUUAAAACGGUGUGGGACGGGGAAAGGAUCACGGUCACGAUCAAUUCCACGCCAGCCAAUGCUCCUUUUUACUUUCUAUGCAAACUCUGCAGCGUGGGAAAUGCACCAACCUCUCUGUCAGCGACGGUACAGGACACUUUAAUGCUAAAUAGGUAGUCGACCAACCCCUGGUACCAAACUAAACACUUGUAAAUAGGCACUAUAUUUAAAUACUGAUAAUAAUCCCUGCAUUUUUUUUUUUUUCCUCUGGUCUUUGAAACUUUGAAGAUAGAGUUGUAUUUAUCGUUGCUGUCAGCAUAUACUGUAGCUUCUAAUGACAGCAGUUUGUACAUAGAUCACCUUUUAGUAUUAUUUCACAUUGAAAAGUAGAGGGCUUUGUGAUGGAUCCAACUACGGAGCUUCUAAUAUGAGUUUCUCUAGUUUUGUACGAAAGUUGGAAGGAUAGUGCUAACACGGUACAGCAGUGGCAGUCCACUUGUUUCUAACAUUUGAUAUAUACAUACACACGUGUAUAUAUAUAUAUAUAUAUAUAUAUAUAUAUAUAUAUAUAUAUAUAUACACACAUAUAUAUAUAUACACACACACACACACACACAUACAUACUGUAUAAAGCUGCUAGAUACAAUCACUAAUUUUAUUGUGUUAACACAGAAAAUCAGCUAUGGAUGACUGUUAAACCUAAUUCUCCAACAGCAUACAACAACAGUCAUUUUUUAAAUGUUUGAUAGUUCUGUGUGAUGACACGUGUGUGUAUGUGUGUGUGUGUUUGUGCGUACGUACGUACGUGUGUGUGUGUGUGAUGCGUGCGUGUGACGCGUGCUCAGGUUGCUGGUUGCGUGCGCGUUCGGUUGCUUGCCAUAUUCUCCCACCGGAAUCGGAUUUUGCCCUGCAUCAUUGCAAGCUGAACCAAGGUUUGAUGAACCUGAUUAAAACUUGCUGGCUGAGAAGCAAAAACAAUAAUUGAAAAAAAAAAUAGAAAGAAAGAAAUAAAGGAUGUGCAUUUAUUCAAAGUGUAGAGAAUGCUGAAAUAACCCUUCUCAUUCUGCAUUAACCAGCUGCAGUGCAACUUCCUGUCAUGUACUGUAUUAUAUAUGCAACGUGUGUCUGUCCGCUUUGAUAUAUAUAUAAAUAUCUAUAUAUAUAUAUAUAUAUAUAUAUUUUUUGACCCGCAUUAUAUAAGACUUCAGUUUUAACCACUUUGCUGCUAGUCUUUUAUCCUCUUUUCAAUCUUGGAAAUUGUGCAUAUCUUUGAGAAUGCAUACAAGUGUAAAUUCUUGAAAUUGUGUAGAUUUAAAAAGAAAAAGAAAGAAAGAAGCUAUAUAAACCAGUCUCUCCUCGGUGUAUUUUUAAAAAAAAGUUACUUUUCACAGCAGUUGAGUGGUUAUGUUUCAGUUCUCCGAUGCUUUGGUGCACUGAUGAUGUGUAAGCUUUUUUUUUUAAAAUCUUUUCUCCCUCAUCUUACAGCGCUUGAUGUAACAUUUAUGUGAUUAGUUCUAAAUAGUGGAAGACAUUUGUGUUUUGAAACUCGCAGUAUAAAUGGUACUACUCUUAACUAUUCUGUAAACACUGCCUGUUUUCUUUCUUUCACUCUUUGUGCAUAUUUCCUUUCCUGUGCAUCUUUUUUUUUGUUUUUCCUUGAAGUUUCUUAGUGCCAUUGGCUUUCACAUCCUGACAACCUCAAAAAAAAAAGAAAGAAAAAAAGUGCCUCACGUCCAUCCUAGUUUCCAUCUUAACAUCUCUUGUUCUGGUUUUACUGGUUUCUACACGUCUAGGUAUUUCUUAUGGUUCGAGAAUACCAAGUAUCUGAUGUAAAAUUUAUAGUACCAAUAACUCAUGUCAUAGUUGUAUUUUCUUUAUACAGAUGUAGCUUGUUACUUUUCAUAAAUAUAUAAUGUAAAUAAGCAUACAUAUGUUUGUAACUGUUUUUAUGUUACAUCAUACACUUGUAAUUUGACAUAUCAAAUAACAUUAUCAUAAUAAAA